UACAAAACAAAACUAAAUUCAAAAUGGCUUCUUCUGAAACGAAAAGGGACGAAAAAUCUGGGGAAUGGGAAAUCCUGGAUAUUCCUCCGCUAAUCGAUUUUGGUGUCAAACAGAAAGCAGAAAAGGAUCUUUUAGGUCCAGCAGAUAUGGAAGCAUCACAUAAAAAAGAAAAAGAUCGAUUAUGUGGCUAUUUAUGGAAGCAGGGUGCAAAAGGUUUAUUAAAAAGUUGGAAACACAGAUGGUUUGUUUAUGAUCACCGUAGAUGUCUACUGUAUUAUUAUCGUAAACCGCAAGAUGGUGAACCACUUGGAAAUAUUGACAUUGCCAAUGCUACAUUUGGAUUUAGUGCUGAAGAUAAAGCUCUGUUUCAAAUCAGCUCAAAUGACCGAACAUACCACAUCCAAGCUAAGGAUCGCAACACGAUGAUGUUCUGGUUGCAAGAACUUCAGGCUAGAAGAAGAGAGUAUGGAUCUCACGAACCUGCUACGACUGAUUUGGCAAACAAUGGGCUACUUUGUAAACAAGGAAUUGUGAAAAAGAAUGACGACAAUAUCAGUGUUGGUAUGAAUGAACCUGUUGAAAAACCAGUUACUAUAGGAGAUAGUGCUGCAUCAACGCAAGGUGGAAACCUAAACUCUUGGAAUUUCUCUUUUACUAAUCUAAACAAAGAAUUCAAGAAUUGGAGAAAGUCAGCUUUUCUGACACCUACUGGUGAAAUAUAUCCAAAUGGAGGGAAUUCAUCAAGCAUGUUUUACAGCUACUCAGAAGAUGAACAACAAACACAAGAAAUAAAAGUUACUGAACAAAAGCAAUACGAAAACAAGCGUAAUAAGUCGGUUGAUUUUGGUUUUACAAAAUUAGUUGCAAAUAUAAAAAAAAAGAAUCCACCCACAAUCAGCAGGCCAGUCAGUCAGCAAGAUGAUAUAGCUUGUUUAGAAUGUAAAGAGAACUUUGAGAUGGUCAAUGUUCUCAGAGAAGCGAUUUGUGUGGCAGAAAAAGAAAUGAAAACACGUGAUGACGUCAUAGAAAGCCUUAGUGAACAACUGAGAAUUGCAGCUAUGAAUCGUGGUACAGAUAGUAGAAGUCCUGAAGAAAAAGCAUUUGAAGAGAAGGAAGAUUAUAUAACUCAGCUUAAAAGGAUGGUGCAAAGACUAAAUAAAGAAUUGACAGAAGUUACAAUAUUAUUGAAAGAAAAAGAAGUCAAACUGGAGGAGAAACUUGGUCAGGAGAAAGUUUUAAAAGAAAUGAUCCAGGCUAAAGACAAUUCGAUCAUAGUAUUAACAAACAAAGUGUUUUCAUUGGAGCAAGCAGAGACAGGUGAAGAUGUGUGUGAAGAAAUAGAAGCGACUGACUUAACAAGUGGAAGUUCAAAUUCACAGGAGGUCAUGAAUUACUACCAGCUAAAGGAGACUUGUACAGCAUAUCAAUCGCAAAAUAAUUUCCUCAACAGUGAAAUACUCGAGUUGAACAAACUAAGGAGGAUGGAUACUGAAAGACUGAAGAUUGUAACAGAGAAGUUUGAACAUACCGAAGCAGAACUUUUAAAAUUAAAAAGUCGUUAUUUAUAUUUAUUGAAAGAAUUUUCAACUCCGCAGAGAGAAGGUGGAAAUGGUUCAGCUGAUAUGGUUGAGCAACUCAUUGAUGAUGCCAUCAAAGAAAAUCCUGAACAAGAUAUGUCAAAAGAAAAUAGGUAUUCUGAUAAGUACGGUUUCUACGACAUGUACGAUGGAGCAGAUGGAGAGAGGUUGGAAAAUUUAGCAGAUCGUUGCAGCGUCUUACUCGACGAUAAAGAGAAUAUUUCAUUGGAAGUAUCAGUAGGAGUGAAGUGGGAAAAUUUGUUGGUAGCACAAGGAAACACACCUUUCACUAAAACUGAAGAGUUGAAGUUCCUGAUACGAAACGGUGUACCCCACGAAUUCAGAGCACGCGUAUGGAAAGAUAUGAUUGAUUUACGAAUCAACCGUGAACGAGAAAUGGCUGGAACAGGAUAUUACUUGAAGUUGUUAAAAGAGAAGAAGGGUGUGUACACUCCAUCGUCGAAACAAAUCGAGUUGGAUUUACUGCGUACAUUACCCAAUAAUAAAUAUUACGAUAGGAUAGAAUCAGAGGGCACUGCAAAACUUCGUCGCAUCUUGUUAGCGUAUAGUUGGCAUAAUCCAGCUGUUGGCUAUUGUCAAGGUUUAAACAGACUUGGUGCCAUUGCUCUGCUCUACCUAGACGAAGAGAGUGCUUUUUGGUGUCUUGUCGCAAUAGUCGAGCAUUUAAUGCCACUGGAUUACUAUAGUAGAACCUUAUUGGGAGCGCAAGUUGAUCAGAAAGUUUGUAAAGAUUUGAUCGAUGAAAAGUUUCCGAAGUUGGGAACACAUUUACAAUCUAUGAAGUUGGAUAUGUCCCUCAUAUCUUUUAACUGGUUUUUAACGGUGUUUGUGGAUUUUUUUCCAAUCGAGUUGACUCUAAGAGUAUGGGAUACAUUUUUGUUUGAAGGCAGCAAGGUGCUUUUUAGAUACGCUUUAGCUGUGUUCAAAACAUUCGAAGACGAUUUGCUAAAGAUUGGAGAUCCUGGUCGUUUAUUCAACUAUUUUCGACAACUUUCGAAAUCUCGUUUCAAUAUUCAAAAGAUUUACCAGAUAGCCUUCAUACAAGUCAACCCAUUCAGUAGAAGAAAUGUGGAAUCGAAGAGACGAUACUAUCGACCACUUCUUCAGGCUCAGCUAGAUGAGUUUGAAGUACUGAGGCAAGAAUAUCGAGACAAAAGAGCAGAUAGCGAUGUGCUAGCGGACACACCUUUAAGUGAUGAUGAUGAUAAUUAGCGCUGGUCUGGUGUCACACACGAAAAGGUAUGGGACGAGGUUGGUAAGUUUACCACGUAACAGUAUGUUGACAGACACGUCCUUAAGAUAAUAUGAUCACACAUUCUGAAUAAAUAAUAAGUCAAUAUUUUGAUCAAGUUUACGCAUAAAAAAAAUGCAGGCUUGCAUCUUUGCUUAAAAUCGAUAUUGGAGACCUCUGUUAAGGGCACGCUAUUUUGACAUUUUUUGAUAUCCUCCUAUAAAAAUGAAGAAGUAUGGAGGGGAAAUUAAACCUGACAAAGCAAAUUAAAAAAAAAGUUUAAAGGAAUCAAAUUUAACGACUUAAAAAGAAAGUUUAAAAAAUUAGAGGAUGUUUGAUCAGACUGUAAUAUUACUUUCUUUUUUUAUAAUUUUUUGCAUUUUUAUGUCUGUACAAAAAAUAUAGUAUAUAAAAUUAAAUACGAUAGAGAUAUUUUUUUUUUUUUUUUUACUUUAGCAAUACCGUAGAUUCUUUAUUUGGUGCCCAGUUUAACGAUAGCUCCUCGUAUUAAAAGAAAAACAUCAAACUUGUCAGAAAAUAUAAGUAGUAAUUUAAGCCAAAGUUUUUUCUUCUUAACGUGAAACAAGCACUUGUUUAUUCUACUGAACAUCGUGUGAAGUUUAGUAAUUUUUGCGGGUACUCGUUUUCGCACAUUCGAUUAAAAGUUCGUUAUUGCGCGACAUUAAGUACACAAAUUACGCGUAAAUUCUAGCGCGCAAAUUAUAAUGCUCGAAAAUAUAAUCUAUUUAAAAUUUUUACUUGCAGGCGACUUUAAACUGCGCAAGAAUUAUGACACGCGAAAUUAUCAGCAUUAAUCAACUUUCGGAGCUAUGUUAAGAGGGGCAAGCAAAUAGAGAAAAUACGGCAUGUAUAUUUUUUAUAUUUUAUAGUAUCAACAUUAAAUAUUCUGAGCACAAAAGUAACUUCCUUGUUAACAUCGAGGUUGAGAACUGUUUUUAUGUUGUUCCCUUGUUUUGUAAAAGUUCAAUAUUGAUGAUUAUAAUUCUGUAAUUUAUACAUUUGUAAAUAAGUUGUUUUGUUUAUUUUGUAUUAAAGAUUUGAAUAUGA